CAAAUUGUUAUUCACUUUUGGAUAUUGGGGUUUCAAAGUGUUCUCUGUUUUCUCACACAAUCGUUUCUAUCCUUGUCCUUAAUACUACUCCUUCAAGAAAAAACAAUUUAUAUAUGGAAAUUGAAGAACCCAUGAUGAAGUCUAGGUUCACACGCAUCUGUGUUUACUGUGGCAGCAGUCCUGGAAAGAAUCCUAGCUACCAAAUUGCUGCAAUUCAGCUCGGAAAACAACUGGUGGAGAGGAAUAUUGACUUGGUUUAUGGAGGAGGAAGCAUAGGUUUGAUGGGUCUAAUCUCACAAGUUGUUUAUGAUGGUGGACGCCACGUGUUAGGAGUCAUUCCCAAGACACUUAUGCCAAGAGAGAUCACUGGAGAGACUGUAGGAGAAGUAAGAGCUGUAUCGGGGAUGCACCAACGCAAAGCCGAAAUGGCUCGACAAGCAGAUGCAUUUAUUGCCUUGCCAGGUGGAUAUGGCACCCUGGAAGAACUACUAGAAAUUAUUACAUGGGCUCAAUUAGGUAUCCAUGAUAAACCGGUGGGGCUAUUGAACGUGGAUGGGUACUACAACUCGCUGUUGGCAUUCAUGGACAAAGCUGUAGACGAAGGUUUUGUAACACCAGCUGCCCGUCACAUUAUUGUAUCUGCCCAAACUGCCCUAGAUCUCAUGUGCAAACUUGAGGAAUAUGUCCCUAAGCACUGUGGUGAGGGCCCCAAACUAAGUUGGGAGAUGGAGCAACAAUUAGUUAACACAGCAAAGUCAGAUAUUUCUCGUUGACUAAAUUAAUAUUCAAAGUCUUCUAUAAUUACACUAAUGCACCGUCACGGGCCCUACAUUUUAAUUAGUGUUUAAUUAAUAAUAGAAAAGUACUAUCAACCCAAAAACAACCAAACCAACCCGUAUAGUCUAUAGAUGUAAGCUUCACAAAAAUAGAGUGACCAUAUUCCCUUUUAGUUUAUACGUGGAUUUGAAUUUAAUCAUUUCAACUAUUGCUUAGUUUCUGUUUGUUGUCAAGAUUUACUGCAUUAGCUCUUGCUUAGUUGCUUUUGUUCUUUAAUUUAUCUUUUCCCGUUGGCUUUUACAGCUCAAACUAUGUAUUUAGUUACGAACUAAUUAUGUAUUAGAGUUUGACCAAAGAUGAAAGAUGAUAAAUGAAUUUUCUAUCA